UGGGCAUUCCACCCUGGGGAGGGCCUGAUUGCUCAGACAUUUGGAAUAUGUCAGAAUAUGAAUAUUCAGGAAUAUGAAAUCAGAAAAUAAAGGGGGACAGGAAGUGAAAGCGCCAUGGGAGAAUCUCCUUGUUCUCAAGGGGGCUCAGCAUGGGGCUGGUGUGACUGCCACUGCCCCCAGGUUCCUGCCUCUGCUCCAACUGCUUCAUCACAUGUGAGGUGCCUGCAGCCUGGCCCAUGCUGAGUUUAUUUGCCCAGAAAGUCACCCACAUGUGCAAAUAGCAGAGGUCCUUUGGUGUGCCGAGGGGAAAUAGUGCUGCUGCUUCAGGGUUUUCUGAAGGGCCUUUUUGAAAUGGUCAUGCAGAGGGUGUUGGUGGCAAAGAAGCAGCUUGCUGGGGCAGGGUUGCAGUGCCACAGCCUUGGAGUACUGCCUCCGUUUCUUUCACUUGAUACAGUCUACCCCACCAGGCUUCCACAUGGCAAGUAUGUGAGUCCCCGAUACCAUAUCCAUCCUUCCCAUGGGGUGUGUUAGUUCACAGCCUAGAAGUACCCUCAGUGAACCAGAAGGUCCUGUGAAAGCAUCCCCUGGUCCUGCUGCCUCUUAAGGGGGUUUCCAGGUAUGGGUCUCUUGCCAGGCUUCAUCACAUUGCUGCUGAUCUUGUGCAGGUGACAUCUAACAGCUUCCUCUACUAUGAAUGCCUGUGCUGGUCUCUUGGUAACAUCACUGGUUUGAAAGGGCAGUGUCCCUGUUCAAAAGGGCAGAAUUCCCUCUUUGUUAAGAAAGCAAAGGAAUUGCUACUGACCUACAUUUCCCUUGUCCCUCUACUGGAGAUAUUUGUCAGGUCUUCCCAUGGUACUUAAGCAUCUCUCAACUUUCUUGGACCCUAUCCUCACAAGUCUUCCCUUUCUACAAGUGGGGAAACGGAGGCGCAGCAUAGUGAGAAGUCACACUGGAAAUGCACAUCUGCAUAGGAAUUUGAAUUCAAAUGCCUUGAGCUCUAUCCACUAAGCUAUCCUUCUAGCUCAACCAUGUGUUCUGUCUAGUUGAGUACCCUCUCUCUGAAAAUGGCCCUCCCAGACACCUUGAGAGGACAAAUGUGAACAACCCCUGCAUUAGGCUCUGGGCUCACGUGCCCCAAGGAAAGUCUUCCUAACUCCUAUCAUCAGAGGAAAGCUUUUAUGGCAAUUGCAAUCUGUCAUAUGAUCAAGCCAGGCCACCUCUACCUGCCCCACCCAGCCGCAGCCCCAGCUCCAGCUCCAGCUCCAGCUCCAGCUCCAGCUCCAGGCCCAAGGUCCUUUGGAAAGUGAGAGCACAUCUUCCUUGGGGAGGAUGGAGACUCUAAGACAGCCUGACUCCUGCCUGGACUGACCUAUCUGCAGCAGUGAAGAUGAAAGGGGCUGUGUAGCAGGGAGAGGGGUGAGCUUCUGCCUGCUGAGAGAAAGGUCCCAGAUUCAGCCAUGUCCAAGGGCUUGACUACAUGGCGACACUGACCGGAGCCACUCCUCCCGUAGCUGUGUUGUACUGGACUGUACAUCAGUUCAUCCUGGAGGAAUGAGUGAACUGCCAAACCAAACCAGUUAUCUGCCAAUGGAAAAUCAGGACAAAUCAGUCCAGAAUACCAUUGCAUUUGUUCUAAUUGUUUUUCCACAUAGCCAAGGGUUUGUUGGGGGAGGAAGCUGGCUGGUGGAGCCUCAGUCACCCUUAUUCCUGUGCAGACACCCAGGGCAAGGGCUGGGCACUGCUGCCAUCCCACUUGGCACUGGAAUAACAUUCCCCUGGGGGGAAUAAUUGUGCACUGCUGUGUCAGGAAAUUUUCUGCUGAGGAGGAGGCGACCACCUGUUAGGUCUCCAACUUGUCACUGCUUGCCCUCCCUUACUCCAUAGUGCCUUGCUGCUCCUUAAGAAAGGCCAGACCAGAAGAGAGUCUGGUGCUUUUGAUCUGAUAGGCAGGGCUGUCGGGUAGCUGUGGUGGUUCAGUGGCAUUGUUAGAGCUGGUGGCCUCACAGCCCUCGUGAUAUUGUCCACACGUGGUAUAUGCUAUUUGCCCUGCCCUUUGGUACUGGAAUGUGGGCACAGGCAUGCGGAUUCUUCCUUUGGGGAAGGGGGGGUUGAAAGCAGACCUGAAGCACUAGUCACUGUUUCUUGAGAGCUGGGACCCCUUUAGCUGUGACAUGGUAGGAAAAGUCAUAGUUGUAGAGCACCAAGCACAGUGGGUCCUGAUUCAUGCCUGGGACUCCUAGGUUUAGUCCCAUUAUUUACAGGGAUUAAUGAUUGCACCCUACUAGAUGAACUCAUAUGAAAAGAAGAGCCAGUAACACUUUCAAGGUGAGUAUCUGCAGGCCUGCCAGGCCACAUGCACCUAGGUAGCAAAGCACGGCCUCCUUGAUCGUUUGGGGUCGGAUGUGCAGUCCUUUGACUGGCCACAAGAGGGAGCUGUGCUCACUUGUACUCUGGUCUGUUGUAUAACCAAUCUGCCCAUACCUGUUUCCCCUGCUACCCCUUCCCUUGUCCCUCCAUUGAAGGUACUUGUCUGGCCUCCAUCAUCCCAUUUCCUGAGCACUUUUCCUCACAGUCCUCCUGGGUGGGCAGGGCUAUUUCCCUCAUUUUGCACAAGGAAGGCACAGAGAAACUAAGCAACUUCCCUAAGUUCGCACAGGCCAUCUGUAGCAGAACAGGAAAUUUACAUAUUUCUCAUGUUCCAGGCCAGUGCCCAAACCCACGGAUGAUCCUCCCUCUCUUCUGACAAAACCUCUCCUCCAAGACACCCAUGAGCACGAUAUCCAAGAGGAAGCAAAUAGAACUGCCUGGGUGUGGACAAGAAGAUCUAUGCCUGGUUACUUUCCUCUGCAAUGCAUUGAGCUGAUCUCCCUGGCUUGAAGUGGUAGAAGCAUGGAGCACCUUCCUUCUGAAAACCAAGCUCUUUGAAGCUGUAGCUCAGAAUCUCUUCAUCUUAUGCAUGGAGCCAGUGAACUCCAGCUGUGCCUCUUGCCAAAGGUGCCCCAAAGACCCACUAAGCAAAAUCAGAGAUCAGACAAGACUGAUGGAGAGGAAGGCCCGCGAUCUUUCCAACUGCUAUGUGACUCACCAAGGAUUGCACAGAACUCAUAUUGACACUCUCUGUCAUGAGCCAGUGCCUGGGUUUCCAAAGGGGAAGAUAGUAACUCAACCAGAAAUGGACAUGCUCCAACAGCUAUACAGGACUAUGGUGUACAUGAACCAGUCACUUCAGAUUAUCAGGGAGCAUCAACAGGAUCUGAAUGAACCAGAUGCUGUACUGCUUCAAGAACUCCGACAUGCCCACCUGGCCGUGAGAGGGCUCCUGUCCAAUAUUGUCUGUGCUUUCUGUGUCCAGGGGGCCUCCCCCAGUCCUGUCACCAUCCCAGAGAGGCCUACAGUGACUAAAGCUUUCCAGCAGAAGAUAGAAGGAUGCAAAGUGCUCUGGAACUAUGCUAGGUUUAUGGAGAGGCUGGCUAAGAGUCUUAGGGAAAACAGAAAGCAGGUACGGAGAACCAAAAUGGGAAGGCGGCAAGGCAAAAAGAAAAAAGCACCCCCAGGUUGCUGACUGAGCCAAGCUGGUGACACAGACUGCUGUUGCCUAGGCCCAGUGACAGGAAUGUCCAACUUCUUUAAUCCUGAGAAGCACCAGGACCAAGCUAAGCCCAGGUACAACAGGUCUGUCUGUCAUCUCCUUCUCUGGGGAGCCAUGUCACAUCCUACUUCCCCAGACAUGUGAGCUAAGGCAAACAGCCCCAAGGAGCUGGAUUUUCGAAAGUACUCAGCACCCAGAAGGAACCAUGCUCCUCAGUGCGGGGGUGAAACUCAGUCUUGUUCACCAUGACUGCUGUGAGAGUCUCCAGAAGUCCUCCCUGGGUAUAAAGAAGAUGCUUUAUUGUUCUUUGGGAUCUGCUAACCUUCUGGCCUACCAAUACCUUUCUGCAGGACUUCGGCCCAGUUAGACUUUAGGCCCAGUUCAAUUUUUUCUGUGAUGGGCAUAGUGAAUGUCUUGGAGUUAUAUUUUUCAUGCUGGUGCCAAUGAGAAGAGGAGUGGGUUUAGUAUCUGCUUAGUUAUUCCCAGCAGGUCAGUGCCUGUCCAGCCUCCCAGCCUGAAAAGCCAUUAUUUCUGUGGCCAGUCAGAGCAACCUGUUAUCCAAAGAUGCUCACGUGGUCGAGGCAAGUCAUUUAUUUCUGAUACUGUUGAACAGCUACUGCAUUUCAUUAUUACAAACAACAGGAACAUCCUGAAUCAUGUCUGGUGGCAAUAAUCAUCUGACAAAUCAGGGACUCUUUCCAUUGUUUAUCCAAACAUAAGCCACAGUGAUAGCUGGACCUUGUAUUAGCAGUUACAGCUGUACAAAGCAAGUACAGGUUGCUGUUGAGAAUGAUAAUACUUUGCCCCUAAGUUUGUGUAAGUAUAAAUAAUGAUGCAAGAUGCAGGGCAGGGGGAACCAGACCUCCAGUCACAUGCUUCUGUGGAGAUAAUUCUGUUGGGAUCAGCAGCAGCUCAAUUUAUUGGAAAAAAAUACUAUUAAUUUCUAAUGACUGAAUCAGGUAUCAAAUGCAAAUUGUCAUUUCCUCAUUGGUUUAUAAGACAUGACCUUUUUUCUGGUUCUUGACUAUCUCGACUAGAAAGUUCAUUUAACACAUGCAUGCAUGCACACACAUGCAUACACGCACACACACACACACACACACCUAUCACAAGGGAAAGAAUAUCAAGCAGUCUGGAGGAAAACAGUCAUAAUGUGGGGAACUAAACACACCCAAACUUUAUGACUUUUGAAUUUCAAGAUUUGUUGCUGCCUAUAUUUUUUUAUAUUGACCUCAAACGAUGUUCAGUGUCUUUUGCAUUGUGUAGAUAUAUCAUACAGGUUAGGAAGAGAGCAGUUUUGUGGUGUGAGGUCUUUUCUGCACUCCUGAAUUAAUUCCACUUGAAAUGGAACUCACACAUUGACUGAAACUUUUUUUGCACUGAAUCACUAUAUCAUUAAAAACAGGUCAGGUCCAGGGAAAGAGGCUCUGGUGGAAGUGCUGUUGACAUAAGCCAAAAUGCCUUUCUCCUUUCCAAAAAUUCUGUGCAGUUUUGCAGAGAUAAUUCAUUACUACAAUGCUUGGGAUGUUUGCUGUAGAACAGACUAGAUUCAGAAAGAGCCUGUGGAGUCAAUGUUGAAGACCUGUUUGGGUGUUUCAACCCAAGUUCAAUUCAGUGGGCCCAGAGAGAUGAUUCUGUACUUAGUACAGUAGUUCAAUACUUAGUACAAUGUGGUGUAACAAAAUGCAACAGAAACAAAAUGACAACAGCUUUCACUUACUUUGGGUUGGCAUCAGCACAGUCACAAGUUACUGGCCAAUAGAGAAUCUGGUCUGAGGUACAGAAACCUAAAUUGUACAUGAGGUGAAGAGGUUAUGUAAAAUCACCCACAGCACAAGGCCAAGGGUUGGGCAAGUAGUCUUGCAGUCUUGACCCUGUGUCAAAACUUUGGCUUCCUUGGAGUAACUCCUGUUUUGCUCCAAUAUAGGGCAACUGGAUUCAAGGAGGCGCAUUCAUAUUGCUCACUUGCACAGCACAGAUCAGAGCAUGAGGUUAUUUAGGGCUGGCAGCAGUGACUGUCCAAACUGAACUUGUUUUUAUAACCGGCCUGAUUUUCCAGUGAUUCAAAGGUCCAGUGACCCAGCCUGACUAAGUCACUGUGUCCCAGGGGGUGAGUGUCUCUUUAGUUAGAAUCCAGCAACAACCAGCACAUGAUCUUAGCAGAUAGUUACUCUCUGCCUUCCCUUUGUUGUUCUUUCCUGCAAGGUUUUUAUAGUUCACAAGCAAAGGACCAGAUCUUCUACUUCUGCUUGCUCUAAUUCCAUAGAUUUUGAUAGUCACAGAGUGCAUCUACAUGUGCAAUUAAUUUGAAGCAAUAAAUUCUGGAGCAGUUUGAGUCAGAGUAAACUACUCCCAGGCAUAGCAUCUACAUGUGCACCUGGGACAGCAGCAAUUUGA